UACGUGGAAACGACGGACGUUUCCAACAUGGCCACUAGGGGCAGUCCACGCUUUGGAGCAUUGAGUCACCACUCCUUCUUCUCCAGACACAACCCUCACCCACACAGAGUCACACACAUCCAAGGUCUAAAUGGGAUUCCAGUGUGCAUGGUGAAUGACGACUGGUACGUGACCACCUCACUGUUCCCCCAUCCGCUCAUCAAGAGUCAGGUAUUCAGGACAGAUUCAGGCACCUUUCUCCUGCCUGCAGGACACAGCGUGUUCGGAGGCAGAUACAGCACCGGACACAGAACAGCUCUGUUAUCAGAAGCAUGGAAAGAGGAGUUGAAAGAUCUGUCUGCAAAAGUCAGCGUUUCAACACAGGACAAAAAGGACAUGAAAGAUGAGAAUGAAGAGGAGGGUCGAGGACUGAUCCGGAGGACGACCCAGUACUCUGCCAAGACAGGGAGGAUCAUCCCUCCCUCCUCCCAGGCUUAUCAGCGUAGCCACCAGGCUCAGGCACACCGUCACCCCCCUGCCCCUGCUCUACAUCAGCAGGAACUUAUGGUGCUGGAGCUGCUGUGUCAAAUCCUUCAGACUGACUCCUUCAUCAUUGGUCCAGCAGUGGCUGCUGCUCACGGGCCAGAGGGUGAAUCUAACUGCCAGUUGACUCCCCUAGAGAAGGACAUGGUGAUGGGGUUGAUUCAACAGGCCAUGAAGGACAGUGUCUUCCUAAGGCAGCAGAGUAUGAUUGAGUGCGAG